AUACAAGAUCAUGAUGAAGUUACAUUCAUUUUCAUGGAUGCUUUUGUAUAAGAUUUCCAUAUGAAGUCAACUUGUUGAAAGAAAAUUCUUUCUUCAUUGAAUAUUUUAGCUUGUUUGAUGAGAUUUAAUUUUUUUUUUCUUUUUUUGGCAGAGGUCAGCCGAGCUGGAAAUUGUACAAAAUUCUUUGCAGAAGCCUCUAUCCAAGGACGAAGGCCGUCUAGCUAAAGCCUCAAGUUGCAGUGUUUCUGGUGGGGUUGAAUUAGAGCAGGCUUUCUCUCAUGAUCAGGAUAGUUGUGUGGAUCUGGAACAGGAAGCUCCAUUAUGCUCUGAUCCAUGUCCAAAUGAUCUUGAUGGUUGUACUAAUGGAGAAUUCUCUCGCUUGGAGGCAUCUUCCAAUGACACUGUUUGCCAUUAUAGGCCUGGUCAACACUCAAAGUGCAACGACAUGAUUUGUAAAACUGAUGAACUCAAUAUGGAGCAGCUUAUUGAGGCUAAGAAACUUGGAAUUCUAGAACAGAGUCCUGAAGAUGAAUUGGAAGGAGAACUGAUAUAUUACCGGAAGAGAUUGCUUCACUAUACAGUUGCAAGAAAGCAGUUUGCUGACAAUCUAGUUUGUAAAGUUGCCAAGAGUUUGCCGCUGGAGAUUGACAUACAGCGUCAACAAAGAUGGGAUAAUGUGCUUAUUAACCGAUAUCAUUCUGAUCUUAGAGAAGCAAAGAAACAGGGUAGAAAGGAGAGAAAACAUAAGGAAGCUCAGGCUGUUCUAGCUGCAGCAACUGCUGCUGCUGCAGCUUCAUCUAGGAUAUCGUCGUUGAGGAAAGAUGUACUUGAAGAUUCUGCGAGACAGGAGAACCUGUUGAAGACAAGUAAUUCUAACCGAAGGAUUGGCAGUAGCUCUCAGCUGAUGCCACGGGCAAAAGAGACACUUUCAAAGAUGGCUGUUUCAAGGACGUUGUCAGAAAAGCAGUCUGAUUAUUUGCAGUCAGUCUCAGAUUUUUCAAGAGAUCAUCCAAGAUCAUGUGAUAUCUGCAGACGAUCAGAAACAAUACUGAAUCCUAUUUUAGUCUGCUCCGGUUGCAAGGUUGCUGUUCACUUGGAUUGCUAUCGGAGUGUAAAAGAAUCUACUGGUCCAUGGCACUGUGAAUUAUGCGAAGAUUUACUGUCAUCUAGAUCAUCUGGAGCUCCAUCUGUCAAUUUUUGGGAGAAACCCUAUUUUGUUGCGGAAUGUGGUUUAUGUGCUGGCACUACUGGUGCUUUUCGAAAAUCUGCUGAUGGUCAGUGGGUCCAUGCCUUCUGUGCAGAGUGGGUCUUUGAAUCAACCUUCAGAAGGGGACAAGUCAAUCCUGUACAGGGAAUGGACACAAUUCCGAAGGGGAUUGAUAUUUGCUGUAUCUGCCGUCGCAACCAUGGUGCAUGCAUUAAGUGUAGUUAUGGUCAUUGUCAGACAACAUUUCAUCCCACUUGUGCUAGGAGUGCUGGUUUCUACAUGACCGGUGGUGGCAAGUUGCAGCACAAGGCUUACUGUGAAAAACACAGCUUAGACCAGAGGGCAAAGGCUGAAACUCAAAAGCAUGGAGUAGAGGAGCUGAAAAGCCUCAAGCAAAUUAGGGUUGAACUUGAGAGGUUACGCCUUCUUUGUGAAAGAAUAAUCAAACGUGAAAAAAUAAAGCGGGAGUUGGUUCUUUGCUCACAUGAAAUACUUGCUGUCAAAAGAGACCAUGUUGCUCGUUCUGUCCUUGUCCAUAGUCCCUUUUUUCCGCCGGAUGUUUCCUCAGAAUCGGCUACAACUUCCCUUAAAGGUCUUACAGAUGGUUGCAAAUCAUGUAAUGAAGCAAUUCAGCGGUCAGAUGAUAAUACUGUUGACAGUGCUCUCUCUAUUAAGCACCGGAGUAAGGUUCCAGUAUCUAUGGACAUUGAUCAAAAAACUGAUGACAGCUCCACUUCCCAAAUCCAUUUUACUCGGAAAUCUACAGAAAGGGUUACAUUCUCUGGGAAGCAAAUUCCUCAUAGACAUAAUUUUGCAUCUCGUAAUCUUUUGGAUGAUGGAGAAUGGAGUUCCAAGUCUAGAAAGCAUAUUGAGACAUUUGAGAAAGAGCUGGUAAUGACAUCAGAUGAAGCAUCUAUGAAGAAUCAACGGUUGCCAAAAGGGUAUGUUUAUAUUCCUGUUGAUUGCCUCCAAGAGGAGAAGCAGUGCAAUCCAAAUGCAUCUUCUGCUGAGCCUCUAGAACAUGAUGGGUAGAUUGAUGUAAUUCCCUGGUUGUUCAUUUGGUUCGAGGCUGUAAUCAUCAGUCCUGUCGCUGUCUGUGUUAUAUGGACUGAAUGCAAGUCCAUAUUAGUACAAAGGCAGAAUGAUUGAAUGAACCAACGCGGUGAUGAUCUGGCUGGCAUAUCACAUUAAUAGGAAUGAGAUUCCAGUUGAGGUGGUAAGUUUGGGGUCAAUUGUUGUAUAUUCUUGAUGGGAGUAAUUGUACAGUGGGUGAGGGUUUAUGCUUUCUACAUGUACUGAGGAGCGUUGAUUUGUGCAAGUGGCUGGUGGAGGUUGGAGAGAACCUCUGCUUCUUGUAACUGUAAGGAGGAAUUUAGAUUUUUCCACCUACUGUAUGUGCUCAGUAAAGUCGGUGUAGAUAUCUUUAUCAAUCAUGAAAGAAAAAUUUUCAACAGUCAAAAUAGUUCCGGAAUCCAAAAAGAAAGAUCAGAGUAUUUCUUCCUCCUGUUCUAUCUAACACUUGUUGUGUAGGGAAGAGGAGAAGGUAGUUUAUUGGUUAAGGAAGAUGUGUGGUGAUGCAAGUGUUGUACAUUCUGUAUUUAAUUGGUCUUAAAGAGAAGAAGUAUUCAGGCUUCAGCUGAUAACAAGCCUCCUAA